AUGUUCUGCACUUUCACUUUGCUGGUGGUGGUCACCGUACUGAUACUCAAUCACGUACUCUCUCGACUGCGGUUUAAGCCCACCCGCACCAAUUACGAUUACGAUGCCAUCAUUGUAGGUGGAAGCAUCGCUGGACCGGUGAUGGCAAAAGCGCUUUCAGAACAAAAUCGGAAGGUUCUACUGCUUGAGCGUUCUCUCUUUGUCAAACCGGAUCGCAUUGUCGGUGAACUCUUGCAGCCCGGUGGGAUCAACGCGUUGAAACAAGUUAACAUGGAAGGGUGUGCCACCUCUGUUGGCAUGCCCUGCGAAGGGUACAUGUUGCUGGAUGCAAAAGGAGUUGGGGUGAAACUGCCGUACGGGGCGGGCUUUCAAGGCGUUUCCUUUCACUUCGGCGAUUUUGUAAACAAUUUAAGGGAACAUGUCUGGUACAACUGCUCCUCGAAUGUUACGAUGUUGGAAGCUACGGUGAACACAGUGCUGGUAGAGAACACGGGCCUUCUCGAGCGUGCCUACGGUGUGGAGUACUCCAUCUCUGAGGACUACAAAGUGCCUGAAACGCCAUUCAGGAGAGACGUCUCCGCGCAGUCCCAGUCAACAGAAACAACAACAGCAAUCGUGCGGCGCGUGGCAACAGCACCACUUAUUAUUAUGUGUGACGGCGGCUCCUCAAAGUUCAAGUCAAAGUAUCAGCACUACACACCUGCACAGGACUACCACUCAAAUUUUGUUGGGCUCAUUUUGCGUAAUGUACAGCUACCCUCUGAAAAAUAUGGCACGGUAUUUCUUGCCAAAACUGGACCCGUUCUGUCCUAUCGACUGGAUCCAAAUGAGCUGCGCAUGCUGGUUGAUUACAAUAAACCAACUUUACCUGAUUUGGGGCAACAAAGUAAAUGGCUUGUUGAAGAAGUGGCACCCAGUCUUCCGGCGGAGAUGCGUUCCGAAUUUAUUCGCGCCGCAAAGGAUACAAGUCGCAUUCGUUCCAUGCCUGUGGCACAUUACCCUGCAACAUUUCCGUCGAUCAGAGGCUAUGUGGGCCUGGGAGAUCAUGCGAAUCAGCGUCAUCCGCUCACUGGUGGUGGUAUGACAUGUGCAUUUAAUGAUGUACUUCGUUUGGCAAGGAGUCUUGCCGUCAUUCCAAGACUGCGGGGCAAUGACGUUAAUGAUAUGGCGGAAAUUGAGGAUCGAAUUCAAAAAGCGAUAUUGCAGUAUUCACAAAAACGCUUCUUACACUGUGGCUCCAUCAACAUUCUCUCUUGGGCCCUUUACGCUGUGUUCCAGAGUCCCCCUCUGCGUGAUGCAUGCCUUGAUUACUUUAUGCUUGGAGGCGACUGUGUGGAUGGCCCCAUUUCACUGCUCUCUGGACUUGAACUCAGCUCAUUAACUCUACUGUUUCAUUACUACCGUGUGAUGAUCUUUUAUCUCCUUAACACGGUUACAUGCACUGGUGCGUACAGUUGUCGCGAUGAGAAAACCCCCAGUUUCUCCCAAAAAUGCUUUAAUGCGGCCAUUUUCUUGGUGAACCCCUUCCGUCUUGCUGGGGCCCUUCGCAUCCUUCUCAGUGCCACUCUGGUGUUUGCACCCUUGGUGUAUUACGAAUUUGUCUCGCUGUGGAUUCUGAUGGAUCCUACGGGUGUUUUCCCCAACAUGGCGAGGAAGAUGAAGAUUCUUUUGUACCGGGUCCUUUUUGACGGGAAACACCGAAAACCAGUGGGUAUAUAG